AUGACCACUCAAAGAAACAUUUCGUCAAGGACCUCAACUUCAUCCACCACCUCAUCGGGAAAAGAAAUGACAGCAUUGCAAUUCAUUUCACAGGACGACCUCUUCCGACUUUUCGAAGAGCAAAAAGGGGCACAAUAUUUUAUUCCGGAGGGGUUCGAGCCGGUUCUCAUCCCUCGUAAUUCUAAUAUUAAUAUACAAUCGAUAGAAACCCUCAAAAGCUUGCAACAGCAACAAAUUCUUCUUCAAAAACAGCAGCUGAAACUCCAACAGAGUGUAGUAAACAUGACCUCAACAGUUCCUCUUGCGAAGAAUAAUACGUCUGACGUGAAGUUCCCACAACUUGUACUAGCUCGAACUGCUGCUCAAACUCCGCGGAGCGGGACGGUUGCAAAGACAAAACAGAAGAAGCCUCCGAGACCACCGAAUGCCUUUAUCCUUUACAGGAGGUCAAAGCAACCGGACAUAGUUGCUGCUAACGAGGGUAUAUCGAAUAACGAGGUAUCCAAGCAGAUUGGGGAAAUGUGGCACAAAGAAAGCGUUGCAGAAAAACAAAAGUUUCAACUAAUGGCCGAUCAAGCGAAGAUUGAACACUUAAAAAAGUUUCCCGACUAUAAAUAUCGCCCGCGAAAACCACACGAGAAGCGCAGGAGAACGAAGCGACCAAGCGCUAGUUUAGGAAACAGCAAUAUAAUGGCAAGUGCUGUCGCAAACGUUGUCAAAGAUGGUACCGGCUCUUUUAUGGCCAACGGCAACUCCCCGGAUAUCGACGAAACUUUGCUUCGACGGUCUUCCAUCGACACCACGUGUUCAUUCGACGAAGACGACUCCCGAAGAAGUUCCAUUCUGUCAACCUGCGAUAUAAACGACCUCAAUGAUCUUGAAAAUAUGGGCUACGAUCAAAACAACCUAUUCGAAAAUUCGGUUCCCAUUUCCUCAAUGGUCGACGAAUCUACACAAUUUCAAUAUCCAGCGGUCUUGGAUUCUCCAGAAGGAUAUAACGCCUGUGUCGAGACCAACGCCUUCAAUCUUAUGAUGGAGGGCGUAUCACCGAGUUCCGAGACCGACCUUAACCCGCUCGAAUUCUACGAGAUGUAUACGAACGAGCAAUAUGACUACCUAAGUUCCCUCGGUCUGAGCCCCUUCAUCUCGCCAGAUAGUGGAAUGAUUAACUUGUCCGAAUUGGAUUCAUGA